AAUACCAAACUAGGAUCAAUUGUAAAAUGUAUGGAUUUAAAACUAUCGUAUACCCCAUAUAUCCAAUGACAUGAAGGUUGUAGAUUGUAAUACCGACAUUGCGUGUUACUAUUAUAAUUACCAGAAUAUGGAUUUAUAAAAAUACAAAGGACACUGGCUUAUAAUGGGACUUCCUUUUGUAUUUUGCUGAAGUAAAGCUAUGUAAACAGUUUUUUUUUCAACAGAAUUGAAAAAGCUGGAGUUCAUUGAACAUAAUCAAUAUAAACUUUUCUUUCAUACAAAAGCUCAAGCGUGAAUUUAUAAAAUAUUAAAUGCAUUGUUUUGUGUAUUUGAGACAGGAAAUGUUAGUGAAAGACACGUUUUAAAAUUAUCCGCAGUGAGCAAUAUAUUUUCAACUUCGUGUUAGGAAAACAUGUUUGGAAAACACAAGUAUAGAGGAAUGGACGACAAGAACUCAGCUGCAGACGACAAGAGAAUAAGUGGUAUGGAGGACAUAGAGUUAAUUGUAGAAGGAAAAGUAGUGAAGACCAAUAGCGGUCUGCUGAGUUACAAUUCAAACGUUUUGGCUACGCUUAUUUCGAACGCACGUGCAACAAGGGUAGCAGACGAGAAUGACGUCAUGGAUAUGAUGACAUAUCGCAGCAGAAGUGAAUCUCAGGAGAACCUGAAGUUAGAGAUGCCCAACCUAAAAUACAAAGAUAUGAAACUAAUGGUCGCGUGUCUACAAUCAUCUGCUUUUGCCAAAGAAGAUAUAACAGGAUUAAAAGCAUUGCGCAUUCUGCCGCUGGUAGAACAUUUCCACAUGAAGCGUCUUAAAAAGAUCUGCGGAAACGCUUUGUACGACUCCCUAGUCGCCAUGAGAAAGGAUAAUGGACCUGGAUGUCUCUCAUCACGUGACGUCCUCAACUACUUAGCAGCAUCAGACUUGUAUAGCUUUGAUAAACUAAGAAAACUGUGCGUAGAUGAACUCUCCGUUAACGUGACUGCAACAAACAGAAAACUGGUACUACGAGACAAACAUAUCAGCGAGAAAACAAAGCUGAAAAUUCUUGACAAAAUUUGUGAUAAUAUGGAUAAGGAAUAUGAAGACAAACUGAGACAAGUCAGGUCUGACAUGGACGAAAGAUGUUGCUUUAUUGAACAGAAGAGAGACCAAUUUAUGGAGCAGCUAGAGACGUGGAAGAACGAACUUAGACAGGAAGUAGAUGACAUGGUCGAAAGCAGUAAAGACGCACACUUGCAACUGAUCAACCGAAUUGAUGAAACUUUGAAAGAAACAAAAGAAAGCCUUUUCAGUGAGAUGAAGAAAAAAGAAAGCCUUUACAAUGAGAUGAAGAAACUCAAAGAUGUCAUGAAUUCUGUAUUUCAAACGAAGGAAACAAAUAAAACAAAUGAAAUUGCUAAUGACAAGGAGACAACAGAUUUGAAAGAAAUUCUCACAAAAGCUAUGGAAAAAAACCAACGAAAUAUUGAACGAAUUGCAGAUGAACUUAAAGCUACGGAAAAAACCCAACGAAAUAUGGAACGAAUUGCAGAUGGAUUUAAAGAAAAAAAGCUGAAUAUUUGCUCUUUAAGUGCAGCAAGUGUAAGGGAAUUUUCGUCUGCAAACAAUCUAGAAGAAAACGUUAGCGGAAAUAUUGAAGAACUUGAGGACAAAAUACAAACGUUAGCCAGAAAUCAGAUAAAAUACGAAGAGGAAAUGAUAGCACAUGAGAAGACAAAAGCGGAACUGCUGAAAAUGCAAAUGAAGGACCACCAGCUAAAUACUUGGAUGAAGUGGUCUAAACCAGUGGCGGACGAUGAAGAGAAGUGUCAAUGCUUCAGGCAUAUCCCAGCGCGAAAAUAAAGUAACUCCAAAUAGUGAGCAUUUACAGGAACUAUAAAGUGCUUUUUGACACUAGUGCUGAUAUAUCGAGAAAAAAAACAACAACGCUAUAUGUUUGACCAUGACAAUGAUGUAUUAUAGACCCACUACUCUCCCAUCGCAUCAUUUCAAUAAUACAGGUAUAAAACAGGUAUAGUCUACAAGAUGACAGCUGGACAAUUUAAGCCCUUCCUGAAUUAAUGUGUUUUCAAAACUUCAUUUGCUAACUUACUAGUAUUCGGACAGUCUCUUUAAUAAUGUUUUAAAAAGAUACGUAACUAUUUUACCCUAGUGAAACAAAGUGUGGUCUGAACUUAACCCAAUACAUCGAGCGCUGUGCACGUUGCUAGAUGAAUUUAAUGAAAUGUUUAAACAAGACAUUAAACAAAUUGUGUUAGCCAUAUAUACACUAUUGUCAGUUUAUAACUAGAUACCAUCAUGGAAACACAAAAGAAUAUAGCUAUUCUGUGAUGGGUCUUUAAAUGACACAGACUAGAAAGGGCAUGUAACUAUCACAAGCCUGGUUUCACAGCUGAAUCAUAACAGCAUCAAAAGCAUAUGAAAUAAGGCACUGCCUGAACUUCAACUCAUCUCUUGUUUGUUUUGGGUUUAACGCCGUUUUUCAACAGUAUUUCAGUUAUGUAGCGGGCGGGUUUCAACUCGUCUCAAAACAUUUGAAAACAUUUGAGGGCCACCGAUAAUGUUGUUAUAACUUCUGGUCCAACCCUUUUGUAUAUUUACAUCGAUGUAGUUAUGUAUGCUUGUUGUAUGUGUGUGUAUAGAAUAAUUAUUAUAUAUAUA